AUGCUCCCGCCGCCCCCGCGCCAGCCGCCGCCCCAGGCGCGGGCGGCCCGCGGCGCGGUGAGCCUGCAGCGGGCCUUUCUGCGCGGCCCGCUGGGCGUGCUGCGGCUGCUGCAGCUGCUGGCCGGCGCCGCCUUCUGGAUCACCAUCGCCACAAGCAGGUACCAGGGCCCGGUGCACUUCGCGCUCUUCGUGUCCGUGCUCUUCUGGCUGCUGACCCUGGGCCUCUACUUCCUCACGCUGCUGGGCAAGCACGAGCUGGUGCCCGUGCUGGGCUCGCGCUGGCUGGUGGUCAACGUGGCGCACGACCUGCUGGCGGCCGCGCUCUACGGCGCCGCGAUGGGCAUCAUGAUCAGCCAGACGCAGAGCCACAGCUACUGCAACCUCAAGGAUUACCAGAUGUCCUGCGCCUACCACGCCUUCCUGGCGGCCGCCGUCUGCGGCGGCCUCUGCCUCGGCCUCUACCUGCUCUCGGCGCUCUACGGCUGCUGCCGCCACUACCAGGGCGAGCAGGAGGUGGCGUGAGGUCGCUGCGCCGCGGGGCGGGGGACCCGUCCUUCCUGCCGCCGCCGCCCCGCGCCCGUGCGCCCCGGCUCCCUCCCCUCGCCCUGCGUUCCCGCCGCCGCCCGCGCCCCGGCGCCCGGAUCGCAGUUCCCGUCCGACGGCUUCACCGCAGUCCAGAGUCCGGACAGCUGCGCCGUCUCCUGGGACCAGGGCAGAGCCGCAUCCGAGGGGCGGACGCACUCUUUCAGUCGGGCCGCCCCGAGGCGAAGCCUCGCGGUUCCUCUUCCCCUUCCCGGCAGAGAGCGAGACGUGGACAGGCGCCGCGUAGAUCCGGGGGAGGCUCCCAAAUUGGAACCAGUCUACAGGCGGCGCCACUGCCCCCUCCCUCCCGCUCCGCGUUCGGAAGAGCACCCCCUUGCCCUGGCCCCUCUUCCAACCCCGAGUGCUGAAAAAGGCAGGCAUGACGCCGCGGGCGGAGCUGGGGACGGGCCUCCACUGGUCCUGGGAUGAGCGACGGGUGUGGUUUUCGUUUGGGAUUGUGCGGGCAUCCUGCGCAGUCCUUCCGGGCCAUCCCUCGGUGCUUUGAUGUCUUGCGCUGGGGCCCAUCUGCAAAGGUGAGGAUGGAUAGGGGGCUGUACCCUUGCACCCUUGGAGUCUUCUUUCUCCUCCUCCUGUUCCGCCUUUGUCCUCGCGGUUCACGGAGGCCAGUUCCUAACGCCCACUAGCUCCCCUGGCCUCGCCUUCCCAGCCUUCCUCUCACAGGUUUCUGUUCCUUCCCCACCUCCCAAUAUCUUUUUUGCAUUAGGGAUACCACACCAGCGUCAAGGAAUGUUAGGCGAACCCCACCCCUUUCUUUUUGCAGAUGGAGACUCAGAGCUUGCUCUUGCGAACAGCCAGAAAAAGAUUAGAACCCGGUCUUUGGACUCCCAGUCUAGCGUUGUUUACUUUAAAGCAUUGGUUGUUCCCAGGAAUCCGGACUCUGGAGCUACCCUCUAAUAGAGGGUUUCAAGGCCAAAAGGGUUUGUCUAAGGUGCUUUCUCCCCUUCUUGAAGAUUCACAAUGCUCAUUAGCAUAUGAAAGGCUCUGAGAAGUCCUGCUCUAAAAGAAGCCCAAGUAACUUAGUUUACAGUGUUAACUGCCUCUGGACCUGGACCAGUUUUUUCCACCUAAGGUUCCAAGCAGCCAUGUGUCGUCCUGGCUCUCAUUUAUCACCAAGGGUCCCGACCCAUUGGCUGUGGUCUGUUUGAAGACAAGGGACACUCCUUCUCUUUCCCAGGGAAUUUCUAUAGCAGAGGGAGGCCCCGCACCCCCUCCGUGAAAGAAAAGAUAGCCGGCCCUGCCAGGCCAGCGAGAGCCUGGGGAAACUGUGGAUUGAACAUUCCUUUACAUUGUUUGGGAAAUGAAGCCAAGGUUGUCCAGAUGGUUUGCUGGUUUCCCAGUCAAAAGGAACAUCACCUGUAAGAGCUGCUGGCAUUGACCAUAAGCAACUGGCAGGGGUGGGUCACACCAAACAGAGAAGAAAACUCGGGAUCUGGGAUGGACAGCUGGCCCAGCCUCGGUAAGGUUUCCAUGUUGCUGAGGCCAUGGAGACUCCCAGAGCCAGUCACUCGGACCUCUCCCAGGGCCCACUUCCCUGGGCCAGCAGAGGGUUUCAGUGUCUUCACUGGCCAUAUAGGGAGGUGGGGAGAGAGAGUAAUCUUUGCCCAGCAGCUCCCUUUCCACAUCAUUGAGUGGAAGAGCCAAGAUGAUCAUCACAUAAGCUGCAUCCUCAGCUCAGAUCCAGCCCUUUGAGGACCUCUUCUCAGCCCCCAGCCCAUAGUGCUUUGUCUGUGGUUAACUGACCUUACUCAGGAGCAGGCGUCUCCUUGGCCUUCAUGGUGCCUUGUACAGCCACAUGUGCCUGAAACAUUCCAGAGCUCACUGGCUCCUCUAGAUGUGCCUUCCCGCUUGGCCUCCCGCGGCUUCUCCAGAUGUGAGAAGGACAUGAAGACAGCUCCCACACCCAUCCUCUCCUUCCCCUCGGGGCCCUGUGCCAUGGGAAUGGCUACCUGAGCUGGCCCAGAACUUUUGGAUACUGGAGGCAGUCUCCUUGGCCUCCCUCUUUGGACUCCAGGACUCGAUCCAACCUGACACUGCUGUGGGCUGCCCCCAGCCCAAAAGUCUGGGACCACUUGUGGGCCCAGGAGAGGAUUUCUCCAGUAUUCUACAGAGGCCAAAGAGAGGGUGUGCGUG